AUUUUUGACUCGUUCUGGCCGGGUUCCUCCAUGAUGCAAUUUAUGUUGAAAAAUGCUGGUGAUACCGACACCCGUGCCUACAAACUGCAACGCUCAAAAGUGACGAUUCUUAAAAUCCUAUCCAUAGGGAUACAAAUCGUGGAUAUCCAGCUCCGGAUGGAACCGGCACUCAAGGAAGCAGAUUUCAAUCCAUUUCGCAGACAUAAAAGUGCAGGACGAGAGGGAACACAAAAAAAUGUCUGUCCAGGAUUUGAGGAUGCCUUCUAG